AUGAAAGUUAAACUCGAUGCCGCGAAAGCCAAAAUUCCCCCCAUACUCACUUCAGCAAUGACCAGUCAAGAGGAUGUCAACGAUGUGUCCGCCGACGAUAGAGCUUUAGCAUUGAAGUUAGAGCGGCGCGCCGAAGAAAAAACAACAGAAACGCGACACUUCCAUGUGGUGGCAGAAGAUACCGAGGACGGAACGGAUGAACUUGUAGAGGAGAUUGCAGCUGAAGCUGAGAACAUGCAAGAAGGGGAUUUUGAUGAAAAUUCGUCGAGUCACAAUUCAUUUGAUAUUUUACCAGCAUUAUCAGCAUUGACAUCGACUACACCGACAACAACAAAUGCUACACGGAAUAAUCUUAUCGUAAUUUCAAUGAAUUAUUUAACUGUUUGUUUCUUGAUAUUCGCGUUCAUGCAAAUGAACAUUUUGGGAAAUGCUAAAUGCAGGAAGAAGGGACAAAUAAGUAAGCAAGCAGCGGAUAAAUCAAAGGAAACACAAGGAAUAAAAAAGAACAACAUAACAAGUCAGGACAGUCCGACGAACGAAGUCACAAAACCCAAAGAAGCUAGCGAUACUCAGGAAAAUGUCCCCUACGACCUGCCUAGUGCAGACGAUGCAAUAAAAGAGGACGAUAAGACGAAGCAAACAAAUGCCACACAAACCGGUCGCUUUAACCUGCCCACUGACUUUAGUUAUCCCAAAGAGUUUGGCUUACCAACUGACUCGAACUCACCCGGCCAGCCGGAUCAGUCCCGCGAAGAGGCCGAGUUGGGUUACCAUGGUAACUUGUAUGAUGUGUUCAAGAAACGGUUAGACCAAGUUUUUCGAGAGCUCUACUACAACGUAAAUAGUCCGGGGGUUACAGCACCGCCACCACAAAUCGAAUACGAAACUGAUAAACCUAAGAAACGUUCAGCUGUUAGCAAUUGCCUCUAUGAGGAGUUCAAGCGUCGUUUAGAUAAAUUCAACAACGAAUUUAUGGAGCCGGCUAAAGCCAUUAAGCGCACCAGCAGCGAGAGCACGGGGGUUAGUGGGUCCGGAAAACGCUCAACUGUACAAGAGAACUUAUACGAGGAGUAUAAGAGACGUCUCGAUAAGCUUGGCAAUGAGCUUUGGUUUGAUGGCGAAAAAGUGUUUGACCGCAGUGGGCGUGAGGCUCCUGGUAAGCUGCCAUUUAUAAACACGAAGCCUGAAUACAAACCAAAGCGCAGUGAAACGGACAAGGCUGCACAGCAAGAUUUCUAUGAAGAGUACAAGAAAAAACUAGAUCAAUUGACGCGAGAACUAUACCAGAAGAGCAACGAACGCAUUUGUCGCACAUACACCCAACUGACCGCGGAGGAUCUUACCUCGCCCACAUUGCAGCGCUUAGUCGAAGCAGUGCAACUAGAUGAAGCGAAAAGUAUGAAGGGAGACACGCGUGACGCACCGGGCAGUUUUGAAGGAUCAAAUAUUCUACUUAAAAUCGACAAAGCUAUUGACAAUUUGGACAAGCAAGAGGACAAGCGCAGUUUGGGUGCUGACGAUUUAGGUACCACCAUUUUCGGUGCCGAUUCCUUAAAUUUUAUGACAGGCGCGUCAAAUGGAGUUGGUGCAACAGCUGCCGCCUCCUAUCCGGCGGUGCUCACUAAAACGGUGGACGCAAAUUUGGGACUGUUGGGUACAGCGCCGAAGAAUAUGCUUGCAACGGUUGCCUCAAAAAUGAAUAUGACUACGCUGGAUUUGGCCAAGAAGCUGGCGGCCAUGUCUAAUCCGUUAGAUUAUGUAGCCAAAAGUGAUCCGCAGCUGGGCGAAGAAGUACAAAAAUUGAUCGAUUUCAGCAUCAGCAAUAAGCUCAACCAAAAUCCAACUGCGAAAAAAUCACCAGUACAUGAAGUAUCAGUAGUCGCGGGCUUACCUUUACUUGGACCGGACUCAUCAGGAGUGCCUACACCGCUUAUGAUGCAAGAUGCCUUAUUCGGUGCCAUUCCCGCACUAGCACCUGCGUCCGUACCUGCGCCUGCUCCCGCACCCGCACCAGCGCCCACAUCUUCAGUUUCGCCUGCAUCGACUGCUGCCUCAGCACAGCCACAAGAUCCAUCUCAGCCUAAGCCAGCAACAAAAUCUCCGCCAGUGGCUGUAAGCGGUGCAGCCCAGUCGAGUGAAGCUGAGGCCAUGCGUAUAGCGGGUGUACUAGACAAGGUGCUGGGUAAGCUGGAGCACAUGCAACAAUGCAGAACGGGUGUUAGUGCUGAACCAGCAGACGAUAACUGUGAACCAGAUGGUAUAACCUGCGAUGUUGUGGGCUCCUGGAACUCCUACGCGAUGGGCUUACGUUUCGAUAUUGCGCUAAGCAAGGCAGCAGACAGGCGACUGGGCAUGGCUGAGAAGAACAACCAACUGCUAACGAUUGAUGUUGGCGAACGUGUACCGCCGAAGGCACAUCACAUUCUUGAUACCAGUUGGAAAUUUAUGGGCAGCGCACUGAAUCAGCAAGGUGGUCCGUUCUAUUUUUAUACGCAAAAUCGCGAGCUUAACACUGUGGCGACUUUUAUAGGCUAUUGUCGUGUCUGCGAUGGCAUCGAUACAAUUUUCGGUUCAUGGACAAUUAUGGAACCAUCCAAGGAUUGCCAAGAUGUUACGACAUCACUGGAGAAUAGGCGCGACAUUUUUCGACGUUACAAUAUGGAAAGUAAACGGAAUAAGCAUUUCAAGGAUAUGCUAUUUGAAAAGAGCAAAUACUCCAAACCAGAGUGCAAGGACAAUAAAAAUGGAUAAAUUGUUAUGCUAAUUAUUUGUGCUUAUGGUUCUAGCAAUUUAAUUUAUUUUCUGAUACUUUAUUUUAAGCGUGUGAUUAAAAUUUUGUACAUAAGUAUACACACAUACAUAUGUCUUUACAUACCACCAUAUUUUGUUUUGCCGCAUUCUUCAUAUUAACCGGAGACUAGGAGCGCCAUACAUACUGUCGAAGGUAAC